GUAAGGGAAUCUGACUCUCUGUUGUGGUCCUGUGUAGGUGAUAUCUUAGCGUUGUCCAUCAACAACUUGGAUUCGCUGGUCCAGGUCCCAACUGGAUGUGGGGAGCAGAACAUGGUCCACUUAGCUCCAAGUCUUUAUGUCCUUCAGUAUCUGGAUAAGUCCGGCCAGGAUGAUGCAGAGAUCAGAAGCAGAGCUUUGGCUUACUUGACAAAAGGAUAUAAGACGCAGCUGUCUUACCAACGGGAUGAUGGUUCCUUCAGUGCUUUUGGGAAGAGUGAUGCAUCUGGCAGCACUUGGCUGACAGCCUUUGUGCUGCGGUGCUUUCUCCAAGCCCAAACCUACAUCCAGGUGGACCAGGACCUCCUGAUCCGAGCUCUGAUGUGGCUCCUGCAGCACCAGGGCCCACAGGGCCAGUUUUUGGAGGUGGGCCGGCUCAUCCACACAGAAAUGCAGGGAGGAAUGGAUGAUAGUUCAGUGGCUCUCACUGCGUUUGUGCUGGUGGCCUUUCUGGAGGAUGACUCUUAUAAGGAAAAGUAUGCAAGCAACGUGUCUCUAGCCCUGAACUACCUGGAGAACAAACUGUCCAGCGGUGUGGUCAGUAACUACAGUCUGAGUCUGGUGGCGUAUGCAUUAGCUCGGGGGAACCGUCCUCUUGCAAGCAGAGCGCUCUCUGAACUCAGGAGCAGAGCUGACAACAUAGAUGGAGUCAUGAUGUGGACUCCCUCUGCGGGCCUAAACUCACAUGACCUCAGCAGGCCGCAGUCUGCACAGAUCGAAAUGGCUGCUUACGUGCUGCUGGCCUUGUUUGUGCGUGGCAGUUUCAUCGAAGGGAUUGCACUGAUGAAGUGGUUAAGCAUCCAGAGGAACCAUCUGGGGGGCUUUGGGACGACUCAGGAUACGGUGAUUGCACUGCAAGCUUUGGCUUAUUAUGCUGCAUUCAGCGGCGCUAAUGCCAUUAACGUGAAAAUUGACGUGUCUUCAUCGACGUCUUCGUUUUCGAUGCCAUUCACCAUCAACUCCACCAGCUACCGGACUUAUCAAAACCAAAAGAUAAAUGCUGAAAAAGAUUUGCCUUUGAACAUAUACAUAGAAGGAGAAGGAUUCGCCCUGGUUCAGCUAAACGUCUUUUACAACGUGGAGAACCAGACGUUCCUGCAAAGCCCCCAGCAGGCCUCAGACGAGGAAGCUUUUUCUUUGAAUAUUCGUCUCAGUGAAAACAGUAACCACAGCAACAUGAUCUUGUCUGUGUGCACGAGAUUAAAAGACAAUCAGAUAAUCCCCAACACUGGGAUGGUUAUUGUGGAUGUGGGCAUGCUGAGUGGGCUUGGUCUACUUCCUGAAGCAACGUUCCCCUCAGAUCUGGUUAGGAAGGUGGAGAGUACGCCUGAAAAGGUCCUCCUGUACCUGGACUCGCUCAACAAGACUGAGGUUUGCAUCCGAUUUCCCAUCGUCAGAAACUACAAAGUGGCGCGGGUCCGUGAUGCCAUGGUGUUGGUUUAUGACUACUAUGAACCUACUAGGAGAGCUCAAAGGACCUACAACUCCGAGACUCUUUACAGCAGGGAGUCCUGCUCCUUCUGUGGAGAAAACUGUAAUCUCUGCCAAUCUGGAAUCUAUAUCUCAUCGACCCACUCUCUGGCAGCUGAUGACAGAACCUUCUGCUGGAGCGUUUUGUUUCUUGGAGCUGCUGCUAGUCUCUUCGUAGUGUGAAGAUGUUUGUUUUAACAGAAGAAAGUUUUAAGCAGGAAAUGGGGAAAAUUUGGGGGAGUGUUUGCAUGCUGUUUCAAUGUUCUUUACUGUGAAUUAAAAUGUGACUUUUUAGUAUUAUCUUUGUAGUCGCGUAUACUGUUUUAACUGAAAGAAGGCAAUAAAAUAUAAGUUUGUGUGUA